UUUUCAUACUGUAGUACUGUCAUUCUGUUUGUUUGUAAAUAUUCGAAACACGUGUGUGUUAUAAAGCUGAGAAAAUGGGUAAAACGGGAAAUAAACGACAGGCAAACGACGAAGAGUAUGACGCUACUCCACCAGCAAAGCAAAAGCUCGCUCCUCAUUUAAAAAAUCAAGAGAAACGUUUAAUUGUUAUUCUGGAAUCGGCUCAAUUGGAGAGUGUCAAGAUCGGCAAUUCGUUUGAGCUCUUGAAUUCAGAUGAUCAUCUCAACAUGUUACGCAAAAACAAUCGGGAGCCUGUUCGCCCAGACAUUGCACACCAGUGCCUCUUAAUGUUGCUGGACAGCCCUCUGAACCGGGCUGGACUCCUCCAGGUGUAUAUCCACACUGAGAAAAGGGUUCUUAUAGAAGUAAACCCUCAGACCAGAAUACCAAGGACCUUCAAACGAUUUGCAAGUUUAAUGGUUCAGCUCCUUCAUAAAUUCAGUGUCAGGGCAACAGAUUCAUCUAUGAAACUUCUGAAGGUCAUCAAGAAUCCAGUCACUGAUCACUUACCUGUAGGCUGCCGUAAAAUUGCGUUUUCAUAUACUGCCACUAAAGUUGUAAAUCCCCGAGAAUUAGUACCACCAGAAGAGCCCAUUGCUAUAGUAAUAGGGGCUAUGGCUCAUGGCAAGAUAAAAGCAGACUAUGCUGAAGAGUGGACAUCCAUUAGCAGCUACCCAUUGUCUGGUGCAUUGGCCUGUGCUAAAGUGUGUUCAGGAUUUGAAGAAGUCUGGGGUGUGGUUUAGCCUAAUGUGAUAUCAUCCUUCUGCAAGAUAGAUUAUAAGUUCCAAUAUUGACUAAUAAACUUCAUCAAAAGUUAA